CGAUUAGUUUCCAGACUGGUGGCCUUCGGGAGCAAGAGCAAGCAGAGCAACCUGUCCAGGGUGUACCCUGCCUCACCCGAAGUCAGCUGGGAUUGGCUCCAGUUCACCUGCAACACUCAGCGAAAAUGGCAACAGUUGUUAACGUGGACCAAGAUGCCGUUGAGGACAAAUCUAGCCGCUAUGAACUCCUGUCCUGGCUGAACGAUUUACUACAAACUAAGUUUGCUAAAAUGGAAGAAGUAUGCUCAGGGGCAUGUUUUUGCCAGCUGAUGGACUGGCUCUUUCCAGGGUCCAUUGACAUGAACAAAGUUAAGUUUCAGUUUCAGGACCAGACAGACGUUCGCCACAACUAUAGUCUUCUGCAGUCAGGAUUCAGCAAAAUGGGUGUCACAAAAUCUAUCCCAGUGGAAGAGCUCAUAACAGGGAAAUUCAGGUGUAAUUUUAAUUUUCUGAAGUGGUUCCGGAAGUUUUUCCAAGCUAACAUGAAUGGACAGGAAUAUAACCCAGUGGAGGCACGUAAUGGACAAGAGAUUGCACAUUCACAACUCAAUUAUCGGUCUGCCAAGAGAUCAAAAUCAUCAACAAACUUCAACACCUCUAGAAAAGUGAAGGAGGAGUCUGAAUCAGAGGUGGAUGUCCCUGAAAAUAAGUCCAGGACUUAUGACCCCCGGUGGCAAGAAACCUUCAAAUGGAUCAAGCCUAGCACGCUGGGGGAUAUCUAUGCAUACUGCACAAUCUGUGACUUAAAUAUUACUGUGUUUAACUCAGGACUGCUUGAUUUAGAACACCACCAGCAGUGUAAAAAGCACAAAAGGCAAGAACUAAAGACAUCCAAAAAAGAAAACCAGGUCAAGGACUUCACAUGUAGUGAACUCAUGUUGCGCUUCAUUCAAACCUACUGUCUGCCUGCUCACACUGAAAAGGUUUCCAAGAGUACAGCCAGACAUGUCCUUGGAUUACAAUACCCAAAAGACAUUUCUUCUGCUGCUAAGCAAGUCCCUUACUGUAUCUACCUUUAUGGACAAGUGGCACUAGGUAAAGAGAGUGAGGAAGAGAACUACAGCUGUGUAGUGCUUGUUGGGUUCUUUGAUGAAAAGGCUGCAAAACUUCGCAUAAGGAUUCUUGAUAUUUUUCAGCAUGUAGACUCAGAUGAUGCUAUUGUUGAGUCUUUGAAGGACAUUAUGAAAAGAUUUGAGUUACCUAUGAGCAACAUGGCAGCUUUCUAUGUUGACGAUCAGGGUGAGAUGUCUGAGGAGGUUUCCCUGAAACUGAAGAAGUUUAAUCCAAAUGCGGUGGCUCUUGGUGGUCUUUAUAGCUUGGCAGACUCAGCCUGUAAUGCUGGAAUAAAGGCCUUUUCUGACAAGGUUCAACAGCUUAUUGUGAACAUUUAUGAACACUUUUCUACUUGCUGCACUAAAAAUGACAAUCUUAAGGGGUUGUUUGCUGUUGUUUGUGGCCCUGAUGGCUCUGUCCACGCUCUCUUCCAGAACAGCAAAAAAAUUUGUAUCCUAAUAAACAAGGUGCUUGAAAUGUGGACAGACUUAAUCUCAUACUUCACUUCCUGCAGUGAGAAUGAUGACAAAGCCAAACACAUCUGCUCUCAGUUGAAGGAUCCCAAACUCAGGAUUACCUUCAUGUUCCUGGACCAUGCUCUUGGACCACUUAAAGUCUUUAAUGAUCGUCUAGAAAGGCGUGAGGGUUUUGCUCGUGCAGACCUUGUUCAGAUCCUACGGGAAGCAAGUGGCCUACUUCGCUCCUAUACCUCAACAUUUCUCCAUCCUCAGGCUGUGGCACGUUUUCUGAAGGAGCGAGACCCAGCCAUCCUCGAGAACACAAAGCUGCACCUUCCUAGCAAUGAACUGAGCUUCGGUGGGGAUGCAGUGGAGAAUUUUCUGUUUGAGAAGGAAGCAGAGUUGACUGACUUUGUAAAGGCAUUUCAGGAGGAGUGUAUUGCUUUUUAUAAGGCACUUACAGCUUGCAUUGCUAAGGGGCUUCCCUUGAGUGAUGGUAUCCUGAGGAAUAUGUCUCACCUGCUAAGCCCAGAGGGACGGUUAAAGCUCACAACCAAAAGUGUUGUAGAACUUAGUGAACAGUUUGGCCUCUUAACCAACCCAGAGGUAACUACCCAACUCAGAGAUGAGUUUCUAGAGUACCAGCUUAUUGAGGAAGGAAAUGGUGAAGACAGUGGUGAGAAUGGACAGGUAGAAGGCCUGUCAUAUCGUUUUCCUAGUCCUUCCUUAGAGCACCAUUGGAGCUCCGUCCUCAAGACUACUGCAAAAACAUCUGUCUUCAGGAAACUUGUCCUUAGUCUUUUGGCUUUGCCGUGUCCACCUUUUGAAGCUGAGAAAGUCUUUGCUCAGGCAGUGGAAAAUGGGGACAUUAGCCAAUUGGAUGACCAUUUGGCAGACAGCGAGUCUGAUGCCCUUAAAGAAGUGGAUUCCACGAAUGAUGAGUCGUCCUCUGAAGUCUCCAGCGCUAAGACAACACUCGUCAGAAACAAGAGGAAAAAGAAGACAUUAAAGAUGAGUGACCUUUCAAUCUCAGUGAAGCCAUGCACGGUGCGACUGCAGAAGAUAACCAAUAAGACAGCAGUGGAAAUAAACAAAGAUGGGGACCAAGUCUUUACUGAAGAUGAUAUAGUCUGGACAAAGGAGGACUCCAUUAGGGGGAGUUACGGUUGGGAAAGCAGUUUGCGACAGAAGCCGCAGGCACGCACUAUCUUUCAGGCUGGGUCAGGCACCUGGGCCAAACCACAGAGCCUCCAAUUGGACGAGCGCGAAGAGGCGACGAAAAGCGAUGGAAGCCAGACUGGAUCAAGCGUCACUACACCAAGUCCUAAGCGUGGAAAGAGAGCUCAAGUGUACCAGGAUGGGAGGGGUUUUGGCGUUGGAGAGCUGGUGUGGGGGAAAGUGAAGGGUUUCUCAUGGUGGCCUGGUCUUGUGGUGGUGUGGAAGACAAAGACGUCUCCCCAAGGUUUGAGACGUGUGGAAUGGUUUGGAGAUGGCAUGUACUCAGAGAUUUGCACAGAGAGGCUCUUGCCUUUCGCCACAUUUGCAAAGUGCUUCUGCAACAACUCAUAUGCCAGUCUGCCCGCUUACAAAGACGCCAUUUACCAAGUUCUUGAGUUGGCAGGUGAGCGUUGCUCAAAGACCUUUGCAUCCUCUGGGAACAAGUCGGAGAUAAAGGAGAUGCUGGACUGGGCUGUUGGGGGUUUUCAACCCACAGGCCCUGAAGGAUUUGCACCUCUAGACACUUAUGCUUCAUCUGUCAACCAAAAGACUGAGUCCUCAGACUCCUCUCUGACUGAUUAUCAGCCUCCAGCCAAAAGAAAAUAUGUUCACAGAAGCAGACCUUCCGUAGCUCAGGAGUACACAAGAGAGCAAAUGGUUCAUGAAGUUUCAGUAAAAGGGAAAAAUAUUGAAGAUUUCUGCCUCUCAUGUGGGAAUAAAAACAUUGAGAUUUUCCAUCCACUCUUUGAAGGGAGCCUUUGUUUAAAAUGCAAGGAGAAUUUUACAGAGACUUUAUACAGAUAUGAUGAAGAUGGAUAUCAGUCUUACUGUACUAUCUGCUGUGCUGGACUGGAGGUCAUUUUGUGUGGCAAUGCCAGCUGCUGCAGGUGUUACUGUAAGGACUGUCUUAAUAUGCUGGUUGGACCAGAGGCAUUUGACAAGUUGAAAGAUGUAGAUCCGUGGAGCUGCUACAUUUGCCAGCCCCCUAACAAAUAUGGUGUGCUGAAGCUCAGACCAGAUUGGAGUGUGCGUGUUCAGGAGUUCUUCGCCAAUAACAGUGCCUUUGAAUUUGAACCACACAGAGUUUACCCCUCAAUUCCUGCUCACCAGCGCCGCCCUAUCAAGGUUUUGUCCCUCUUUGAUGGAAUUGCCACAGGCUACCUUGUUCUGAAAGAUCUAGGCUUCAAGGUAGAACGUUACAUUGCUUCUGAGAUCUGUGAGGACUCCAUUGCCGUAGGGAUGGUCAAGCAUGAAGGAAAGAUCGAAUAUGUCAACGAUGUGCGCACCAUCACCAGGAAACAUCUGGCAGAAUGGGGACCGUUUGACCUUCUGAUUGGUGGCAGUCCCUGUAACGACCUAUCCAUGGUGAACCCAGCCAGAAAAGGCCUUUUUGAGGGCACAGGGCGACUGUUCUUUGAGUACUACCGUAUGCUAACUUUGAUGAGACCGAAAGAAGAUGAUGACCGACCAUUCUUCUGGCUCUUUGAGAACGUGGUGGCCAUGAGCGCGCAUGAUAAAGCUGACAUUUGUCGCUUUUUGGAGUGUAAUCCGAUCCUGAUUGAUGCUGUGAAAGUGAGUCCCGCUCACAGAGCUCGCUACUUCUGGGGCAACCUACCUGGAAUGAACAGACCAAUGGCUAUAUCACUUAGUGACAAAGUAGAUCUGCAGGACUGCCUGGAAGUCGGUCGGGUUGCUCAGUUUAAUAAAGUCCGCACCAUCACGACAAAAUCUAAUUCCAUCAAGCAAGGGAAAAUGGGGCCUCUUCCUGUUACCAUGAAUGGGAAGGAGGAUUACCUUUGGUGUACAGAGAUGGAAAGGGUAUUUGGCUUCCCUAAGCAUUACACUGAUGUGAAUAACAUGGGCCGAGGCCAGAGGCAGAAGGUUCUGGGGCGUUCCUGGAGCGUGCCUGUGAUUCGUCACUUAUUUGCACCACUGAAGGAUUACUUUGCAUGCGAAUCUUAAUUAUCCUUUGCAUACUAUCCCUUAACAACCUUGAUAUAUAAAAUGAGAGGGAAAGUAGUAUUAUAGAGUUUUCUACCUACAACCCUAAAGUCUAUGUUUCUCAAUAGGUUUUUACUUAAUGAAUUUUUAGAAGGUUUUUUUUUGUGUUUUGCAAGCUUUGACCUCACUUUUAUUGUUUUAAAGUCACCUGAUCACUUUUUUCAGCUUGAUCAAGGCCAGACUGCACAGACACUUUUUGGUUCUAUUUUAUACAUUUUAUGUACUGUUGAUCUAGUUUUGUUUAGACUGUUUUUUUUUUUUAAAGACUGUCUUAAUGGCAAUGUUGUGCUAGAGAGAGCCGCUGAAACCCCACUCCGCUACCUCAGUUAUAAUCUGUGACUGGUACAUUGUCCGGACAAAUGCUGUUUACCUAUUUAUAAACAUGAAUGGCAGUGAGUUGGGCUUAUAUGCACUCUUAAUUUUACAUGAACUUGUCUGAUCAGGAAUUUUUAUACUAAUAAUCAAAAUGGUCAUUUUAAGUCAUUCUGUCAUGCAUUUUUCAGAAAUUUUAAUUAUUUUUCUUCCUCGGUUUAUAUACUACUUUUAUACUACCGCCACUGGUUCUCUUGACAAUGUUUAAUGUAAUCAUGUAAUAUAUUUUUAUAGUACAAAUCCCAAAUCAGAUUUGAAUAUGAAAAAAAUCUAACCAGAAAGUGAAUAAGCCUCAACGUUUUUAAAUUGACAGCUUAAUUUUUUGAGCUUCUGGUGCUGAUAUCACUUUUUAUUGAAGUUUUUCAGUAUAUUACGAGGAGGAAAAGGCAACUACCUUUAAUAACAUAAGUGCCUGCAAGAGGACAUUUAAUAUUUUAUUCAUGACUACUGUGAUUCCUGAAUAUAUUUUAACAUGACCAGCCUUAUCACUGUUAUGAACAUAGGAUCAGAUCACAUCGACAUUUUGUGCUUUGUUCACAUUAAGAAAUGCCAAAAACAUUCCGCGGCUCCAUUUGUCCAUUCAGCAAUGAGGUGCUAUAAUUGUAGGUAGUCAUAUUUAUCCAGUUCAAGGUGCUAACAAAUGGUGCUCAUUGUUUGGAAGUUGUAAGAUUAGUAUUUAUUCUGUAUACAAACUUAUGUUAAUCAAUUACUAUUCACUAGCAUUUUCAUGAAAUCAGUUAGAUCAGUGCUGUAGUCACAUCUGUGCUGUAAUCUGAAAUGGGGAUAAAAUGCAUGUAUAUUAAUGCAAGAUGCAUAAAGUCUGAUUAGCUGAAUGCAUUUCAAGUGUGAAGUCAUUCAUGUAUGUGGAAUGUUUUUAUGUUACUUUUUAUUGGAUAAUAAAUGUUAGCAUAUCAGGAGAAUCUACUUGAGAUAAACCAUUUACACCAGCAGGUCACAUGUCCAUGGAGAACACUUUAGAACUGACUUUUCUCUGUUUGUUUUUGUUGACAGAUCAGUUGUUGUUAUUGUUUUUGAUUAAUACCCUUUUUUCUUCUUUUUUUUUAGACUGAGUUUUAGUUCCAUCCUCUUGAACUUUUCUACUGAGUGAUUAUGUUAACAACAAGCUUUUAUAUUUGGGUUCUCAUUGUCAGAGGGUGAUCAUUGCUGUACCAGCUAGUGAUAGUUUCCUAAAGUAACAAGCAUAAAAGUCCUGUAAGGUAGUCACAACUUAUAAACAGGGCUAAGUUUACAUUUUUAUCUUGUAACUUGAUGGUCCACUAAGCUUGAAUGACAUGUGGUAUAACUGGCAACUAAUAAAUUGUUUCAACGUA